AUGAGCAGCGUCCAAAAGGCGAUUAUCAUCGGAGCUGGGCCAGCAGGUUUGCUGACGGCACUUCGGCUUCGACAAUUCAAUCACAUAAGUCCCGUUGUCUAUGAAAUCCGCUCUGAGCCUACCACACUUGGAGGGGCAGUCGGUAUCCCCUCCAAUGGUCUGCGUUUGCUUGAUCGUCUUGGGCUUUUCCAGAAAGUAGCUGCCCGAGGUGCAGAGACAUCUGCUUUGGUGGUGCAUUCGUUGCAGGGUACAGUGGUGGGGAAAAUGGACAUGGUGUCAUGGAGCAAGGAAAAAACCGGAUUUGGCUAUCUGAGGAUCAGAAGAACAGACUUGAUGGAUGUUCUUCUUGAAGCCGUGGCGGCCGCCGAAAUUCCGAUCCAUUACAGUAAACACGUGACCAAGGUCGAAGAAAACGACGACCGUGUUACUGUUUCUUUCUCUGACGGCACAAAAGACACUAGCGACCUUCUCCUAGGCUGUGAUGGUAUUCAUUCGGCCAUUCGGAGGCUUUAUGUGGACCCCGAUUGCUUGCCCGAGUAUUCCGGCAUUGCAAACAUGUACUCUAUGGUGCCAACCGUGAGUCUUCCUCCUGCAGCCUCGGCGAUCGACACCCUUCACGCAACUUUAACAGCCGAUGGACUGUUUGCAGUAAGCCCGGCUACGAAUGCUGGAGACUUGCUCUACUGGUUCUUUUCGCGCGAGGUACCGGCCCCAAAGACUGACGACGUCCGAGAUGGAUGGGAACAUCGGAGCAAAGAAGAAGUUGAGAAUGCCAUUACAAUGAUGCUGGGUCUCUUUGGAGACGCAGACGCUGAGUGGACAAACUUAAUACGUGAUAUUGCACGGUCCACGGAUGCUAUUCGAUUCUACCCCGUAUACAAAGUCCCUACGGGAAGACCAUGGUGUAAAGGACGUUGCCUCAUCCUAGGAGAUGCGGCACAUGCCAUGCCACCGCACGCAAGUCAGGGAGUUUCUAUGGCUCUUGAAGACGCAUUCCUCCUCUCUAAAGCCCUCGAGAAGGAUAUACCAGUCCAUGAAUCGCUCAGUUUGUACGAAAAUAGACGGAAAGUUAGGACUGAAGAAAUGCUGCGGACUGCAGAACGCAAUGGAACAGUUCGCGAGAAGAUCCCCCCUUGGCGCCUCCGGGCCAAUGAGCUGCUGAUGAAAGGCGGACUUUGGAUUUACGAGACAGCCAAUCUCGGCAAGCUUGGAGUAGGGCAGCGACCGUUAGCCUACGAUAUAGAGGAGGAAGAUAUCUGA